AUGGCAGCCGGAAACAGCCGCAUCUGGUUCUUUACCAUCCACAGUCUGACACAUCUCCUGCUGUACGUCGUGCCAGAGACACUGUACAACUUGCUCUUCCGCUGGCCUAUCUGCGCGCUUGAGUGGAUGAUAGGCGUGAAGGAGCUGACACUCGCGCCGCGAAAGGAACGUCUGAUACAUGCGGUGGGUAGCCGCAGUGACCGCACCAAUUACGACACAUUCAACUUGAAACCGUGCAUGUACUAUGAGGAUCCCAUGUACAGCGGGCACGUGCACACUUCCCUUGGUGCCCUCCGCCCACACGUUGGCGUGGCGUACCGCCGCGAGACGCUGUCAGCGGUAGACGGCAACCCGCUCUGUGUCGACUGUUUGACACCAGAAGCAGGAAAUGUGGACGCAAAGGCCCUAGUGCUAAUCCUCCCCGGCCUUACUAGCUCUUCUAGGGCAGCCUACGUGCAACAUAUGGCUUCGGAGCUCUGCCACAAGGGCUACCACGUCGCAGUAUUGAAUGCGCGUGGGGUCGGUAAUACGCCUCUUGAAAAGCCUCAGAUAUUUAGCGCCCUGUACACCGCAGACGUGCGGCAUGUGAUUAAGACACUCUUCAACCCGGCUGAGGUGCGGAAGCGGCUCCAGUCAGACCAGCCAAGGCCCCUNCGCAGACGUGCGGCAUGUGAUUAA